CCCUUUCUCCCUCCUUCCUCCCUCCCCCUUUCUGUUUUAGCAACAUUCUGAGCCCAUGUUGUCCGCAUAUCGGGUUCCCUUGCCGGUCGAUACCAUGUUCGGAAACCCAUUUUCGGCUUUCGAUGCCGGCUUUACGCCGUGGGACUGCCCCGAAUUCUUCCCAUCCAUCCAAUCCCCUGAACCCGUCUUUUCUAACUCCGGUUCUGAGGCUUUGAUCCCGUCCCCGGCAUGGGAACCGGAUGCUUUUCAUUCUCCCAAACCGGUCAUUUCGAGUUCCGGUUCGGAUGAUCCGGACCAAGGCCGAAACCCGAAUCAUUUGAAUUCCAAUUCCGGUUCGGACGAACCGAAACCUAGGGGAGAGGUGUCUCCGGUGGACGAGCGGAAACGGAGGCGGAUGAUAUCGAACCGGGAAUCGGCCAGAAGGUCACGCAUGCGUAAACAGAAGCACUUAGAAAACCUAAGGAACCAGGCGAACCGGUUUAGGAUCGAAAACCGAGAUCUUUCGAACCGCUUGCGCUUCUUUUUGUAUCACUGUCACCGCGUACAAACAGAGAACAAUCAGCUCCGGUCCGAAUCCGACAUGCUCCGACACAGACUGUUGGAGAUAAAACGAAUUAUGGUCUUCCGGCGACUGCAACAACCCACAACUGCAUGGCCAUGCAACACUGCUAUGUCCGAACCAAUCCCACCAUUAAUUGCAUGAUCUUAACUAUAAUAACGGCUUCACUUGAACCUAGCUAAAACGAGAACAAAUAGUCCUCUCUCUCUCUCUCUCUCUCUCUCUCUCUCUCUCUCUCUCUGUAUAUCAAGAAAUAGCUGCUAAAGAAAAUGGUGGGGUAGUCAGUGAUUUUUGGGAAAGAAUGGUUUGGAGAAAAUGUCAGUCUUCUACGAAACUAGGGUUAUUAUGUAAAAACUUUAGUUAGUGUUUGGUGUAUUAAUUAAAGCAUAUAUUUUAUUGUUUUUC